AUGUUAGCUAUUCAAUUCGACGGUAUCUGGCUCUUCCCCAAAAGCCCUCGUUGGCGUUGCGCCAAAUAUGGAAAGGAUGAGGCCUUCAAACACACUGGUCAGGCUUCUCUGAUUUUGGAUCCCAUUCCAUUGCAUGACAUCCAGAAUCCCGUCCCUCAAUGGAAAGAGAUUCCCGUUUGCGAUGGUGCCUUCUUCUCCGGACGAUCUGAGAACGCACUUGUCUCUUGGUACCUUCACUCCAUCUUGGCCUCCGUGGGAAUUGUGUCCUCAUACGACCAGGCCGUCAUCAACGGUAGUUUGCAGGCGCGGUCGUUCMUCGUUGCCAUUGGAUUGUCGUCCUUCCCAGUGGAUGCUUUCUGGGCCGACUGA